UGUCCCACCAUAGUCGGUGUACUAUGGUUCCACACACCUCGUGCCCCCAAGUUAUGAGGUAUGCAACUUUAUAGAAAAGUGAAAUUUCCGGAAACAGUGUUACUACAGGAAACUGCAAUUGGAAACGUAAAAAAACAUGGAAAACUCAAAUCGCGCCAAUGUUUCUUUACUUAUGCAUGGGACAAUGCUCAUGUUUGCUUCAUCAUAUCUCUUUGUUUUAGUCAACCCCUUGAAUUCAAUAAUCAGAACAAUAUAUAAUGAAACUUACAUGGAACGGAAUGGUGUGGCUAUGUCUAAAUCUACAUGGGCAGUCUAUCUUUCACUUACCUCAUCUUUCUUUAUAAUUGGUGGCUUAGUUGGUGGUUUGGGGAUGCAGUUCAUACUGAAAAUUACAAGUAGAAAAAGGCUAAUGCAACUGGCCCAUGUAAUUAAUAUACUGAGUGUCAUACUAAUUGCUGGGGUUGGGAAAAUCACAGAAUCAUAUGAAGUUUUUAUCGUGGGAAGAUUUGUUGGAGGAAUAUGUUUCGGACUUAGUUUCAACCUGCCCAGUUUAAUGGUUUCUGAAACCAGUAUUAAACAAAAGCAAAACUUUUGGCAAUCAAUAAUUAGUGUUUCUAGCUGUUGUGGAAUUCUCUUUGCUGUUAUUAUAGGACAUGACAAGAUACUGGGAUCAUUAACUUUGUGGCCAGUUGCGUUUUCAAUCGGAGCCCUACCUUCUAUAGUUUACCUCAUUACAAGUCUGCACUUACCGAAUACACCUUAUGAUGUUCUUCAUAGAUUAGGAAAACAGGAAGCUUUAAAUGUGUUACGAACAUUAAGAAAUGGCUCUAAGGAACUUAUUCAUCAAGAAUUCGAAUUGCUUCAGCCAGAUAUUGAAUUAACUAGGAAAAUAGGAAUCAUUGAGAUAUUAAGCAUAAAGCAGUUCAGGAACCAGUUUCUAGCAGUCAACAUUUUGCUUUGCAACAUUGUGAUGGGUGGUAUUGACACAAUCUUACUUUACUCUUCUGUUAUUUUUAUCAAUGUUGGAAUCAGUAAAGGCAACAUGAUAUUUAUAAACAUUGGCGCAUAUUCUUUGAUGGUUCUCUCUUCUGUGGUUUGUACUAUGCUCGUGAAUAAAUUUGGGGGGUAUAGAGUUCUAUUUGUUGGGACAAAUGUUCUGAUCUUUUCGCAAGUUUUGUUCACUAUUUCACAAGCUUUGACAUACCUGGCACCAACUGUGAUGCCAACUCUGGCUGUGUUUCUAUAUUAA